GGGGUUCAGCUGAAAGAGGCGGGUGGGGCGGGGGUACGGAUUCCGCGCGGGACCGGCGACCCUGAGGGUGAGCCGCUGGCGCGGCCCGGCUGACAGGUUGUUUAAUGGAGCAGCCAGUUGAUCCGCAGACCUGGUUUCGUCUGAAGACCAGCAGACCCCACCUCUGAGGCCAGUGAAUCGUUCCUGUCCGCCCAAAGUUGUUGAUUGCUGUCAAUGAUGUUGGACUUUCUAGCCGAGAACAACCUGUGUGGCCAGGCGAUCCUAAGGAUUGUUUCCUGUGGCAAUGCCAUCAUCGCUGAACUCCUGAGGCUCUCUGAGUUUAUUCCCACUGUGUUCAGGUUAAAAGACCGAGUUGAUCAACAGAAAUAUGGAGACAUCAUAUUUGAUUUCAGCUACUUUAAGGGUCCGGAGUUAUGGGAAAGCAAACUGGAGGCUAAACCUGAGCUGCAGGACUUAGACGAAGAAUUUCGCGAAAACAACAUAGAGAUUUUGACCAGAUUUUAUUUAGCAUUUCAAAGUGUGCAUAAAUAUAUUGUAGACUUAAACAGAUAUCUGGAUGAUCUCAAUGAAGGGGUUUAUAUUCAGCAAACUUUGGAAACUGUGCUUCUCAAUGAAGAUGGAAAACAGCUUCUAUGUGAGGCGCUCUACUUGUAUGGAGUCAUGCUGCUGGUCAUCGAUCAGAAGAUUGAAGGCGAAGUCAGAGAGAGGAUGCUGGUCUCCUACUAUCGAUACAGCGCGGCUCGAUCUUCUGCUGACUCCAACAUGGAUGAUAUUUGUAAGCUCCUUCGAAGUACGGGUUAUUCCAGCCAACCAGGAGCCAAAAGGCCACCCAGCUACCCUGAGAGCUAUUUCCAGAGAGUGCCUAUCAGUGAAACUUUCAUCAGUAUGGUCAUUGGCCGACUGAGAUCUGAUGAUAUCUAUAACCAGGUCUCGGCAUAUCCCUUGCCGGAGCAUCGCAGCACUGCCCUGGCCACCCAAGCCGCCAUGCUCUAUGUAAUUCUCUACUUUGACCCUUCCAUCCUUCACAGCCAACAGGCAAAAAUGAGAGAGAUCGUGGAUAAAUAUUUCCCCGAUAACUGGGUCAUUAGCAUUUACAUGGGGAUCACAGUUAACCUAGCAGAUGCUUGGGAACCUUACAAAGCUGCCAAAACUGCUUUAAACAACACCCUGGACCUUGCAAAUGUCAAGGAACAGGCCAGCAGAUAUGCUACAGUCAGGGAAGGAGUGCACGCUCAAGUACAGCAGUUUCUGAAAGAAGGUUACUUAAGACAGGAGCUGGUUCUGGACACGAUCCCAAGGCUUCUGAACUGCCUGAGAGACUGCAAUGUCGCCAUCCGCUGGCUCAUGCUGCACACAGCUGACUCAGCCUGUGAUCCAAACAACAAACGCCUCCGGCAAAUCAAGGAUCAGAUUCUAACAGACUCCAGGUACAACCCCAAGAUCCUCUUCCAGUUGCUGUUGGAUACUGCACAGUUUGAGUUUAUACUGAAAGAGAUGUUCAAGCAGAUGCUUUCAGAAAAGCAAGCCAAAUGGGAACAUUACAAGAAAGAGGGCUCGGAGCGGAUGACUGAGCUUGCAGAUGUCUUUUCAGGAGUGAAGCCACUAACCAGGGUGGAGAAAAAUGAAAAUCUUCAAGCUUGGUUCAGAGAGAUCUCAAAACAAAUAUUGUCUUUAAAUUAUGAUGAUUCUACUGCUGCAGGCAGAAAAACUGUUCAACUAAUACAAGCUUUGGAGGAGGUUCAAGAAUUUCACCAGUUGGAAUCAAAUCUGCAAGUAUGUCAGUUUCUUGCUGAUACUCGCAAGUUUCUCCAUCAAAUGAUCCGAACUAUCAACAUUAAAGAGGAGGUCCUGAUCACGAUGCAGAUCGUCGGGGACCUGUCCUUCGCUUGGCAGUUGAUUGACAGUUUCACAUCCAUCAUGCAAGAAAGCAUACGAGUGAACCCAUCCAUGGUGACUAAACUCCGAGCGACGUUCCUAAAGCUUGCCUCUGCCCUCGACCUGCCCCUUCUUCGUAUCAACCAGGCGAAUAGCCCUGACCUUCUCAGCGUGUCUCAGUAUUACUCUGGUGAAUUGGUGUCCUAUGUGAGAAAGGUUUUGCAGAUCAUCCCGGAAAGCAUGUUUACAUCUCUUCUGAAGAUCAUCAAGCUUCAGACCCACGAUAUCAUCGAGGUGCCUACCCGCCUGGACAAAGACAAGCUGAGGGACUACGCCCAGCUCGGCCCGCGCUACGAGGUUGCCAAGCUCACUCACGCUAUUUCCAUUUUCACUGAAGGCAUCUUAAUGAUGAAAACGACUUUGGUUGGCAUCAUCAAGGUGGAUCCGAAGCAGCUGCUGGAAGAUGGAAUAAGGAAGGAGCUGGUUAAACGUGUUGCCUUUGCCCUUCAUAAGGGACUGAUAUUCAACCCUCGAGCCAAGCCUAGUGAACUGAUGCCCAAGUUGAAAGAGUUGGGAGCCACCAUGGAUGGAUUCCAUCGUUCUUUUGAAUACAUUCAGGACUAUGUCAACAUCUAUGGCCUGAAGAUUUGGCAGGAAGAAGUAUCUCGUAUUAUAAAUUAUAAUGUGGAGCAAGAGUGUAACAACUUCUUAAGAACAAAGAUUCAAGAUUGGCAGAGUAUGUACCAGUCCACUCAUAUCCCAAUACCAAAGUUCACCCCCGUGGAUGAGUCCGUCACAUUUAUUGGCCGGCUCUGCAGAGAAAUCUUGCGGAUCACAGACCCAAAAACAACGUGUCACAUCGACCAGCUGAACACUUGGUACGAUAUGAAGACUCAUCAAGAAGUGACCAGCAGCCGCCUCUUCUCAGAGAUCCAGACCACCCUGGGGACCUUUGGUCUCAAUGGGCUGGACAGGCUCCUGUGCUUCAUGAUCGUGAAGGAGCUGCAGAAUUUCCUGAGUAUGUUUCAGAAAAUUAUCCUGAGAGACAGAACUGUUCAGGAUACUUUAAAAACCCUCAUGAAUGCUGUCAGCCCCCUAAAAAGUAUUGUAGCAAAUUCGAAUAAAAUUUAUCUUUCCGCCAUUGCCAAAACACAGAAGAUUUGGACUGCUUAUCUCGAUGCUAUAAUGAAGGUGGGGCAGAUGCAGAUUCUGCGACAACAGAUUGCCAAUGAACUCAACUAUUCCUGUCGGUUUGACUCCAAACACCUGGCAGCAGCUCUGGGGAACCUCAACAAGGCUCUCCUGGCAGACAUUGAAGCCCACUAUCAGGACCCGUCACUUCCGUACCCCAAGGAAGACAACACCCUGUUGUAUGAAAUCACCGCCUACCUGGAGGCAGCUGGCAUUCACAAUCCACUGAAUAAGAUAUAUAUAACAACAAAGCGCUUACCCUAUUUCCCAGUUGUCAACUUUCUAUUUUUGAUCGCUCAGUUGCCAAAACUUCAGUACAACAAAAAUCUAGGAAUGGUCUGCCGGAAGCCCACCGACCCUGUCGAUUGGCCACCACUUGUCCUGGGCCUGCUCACUCUGCUGAAACAAUUUCACUCCCGGUACACGGAGCAGUUCCUGGCGCUGAUUGGCCAGUUUAUCCGCUCCACAGUGGAGCAGUGCACAAGCCAGAAGAUACCAGAAAUGCCUGCCGAUGUCGUGGGCGCCCUUCUCUUCCUGGAGGAUUAUGUCCGCUACACCAAGUUGCCCAGAAGGGUGGCUGAAGCACAUGUGCCUAAUUUCAUUUUUGAUGAAUUCCGGACAGUCCUGUAACUUCUUCCUUCUGCUUCUUCAAUGAAAAGGACCAUCCCUAAGUCUUGCCACCAUCACUAAAAUCAGUUUGGAAAUGGAAAAAAAUCUCAACUGCUCAUAUAUCUGCAUUUUUCCCCUCUAUUGUGGGAAACAUCAGACAUUCUAAGUAAGAUGUAUCUCACGGCACUACUUCAUAUAAUGAAUAUUGUUUAAAUCAUAGUAUUCUAUACAAUUUAUAUCAUGUAGAAGCAGAACACAUUUUUGUACUGCCUCUUAUAAAUGCUGAAUGUAACUGUUAUGUAUAAAUCCGUUUAGUUUUAUGUUCUAAAGAACUAUUUGUGCAACUCCAGAUUUUCAGUAAAAUAGAAUUGCCAGUA